AUGGAGCCGCGCUAUCUCCCGCUCGAACUUGUGCUCAACAUCAUCACAUGCUCGCUACCACCAUCGGAUGUGAUGCUCCCUCCGGCUCAUCAUGUGACCAAAGCUCUGUUGACGUGGACCCUUGUUUGCCACGAAACAAGACGACUCGCCAAGCGCUACUUGCGCGAGCGCUGCGUGUACCUCAGCUCACCUCAGCGGCUGAGCGCGUACCUCUUGGCCAUCAAGAAGGAACCGGAGCUGAGGAGCGUCACUACCUUGUCCUUGUCCCCGUUUGGCAACACCAUUGAUGACCUGCGUCUGUGCUGUUGGGUGGGAAAUUUACUCAACCAUACGUGCGAAUCACUCCGGAGGCUGGUCAUCGACAUACCGCUCCGGAGCUUAUAUCCAGAAGAUGACCAUCUGGCCGUACGACGCGUCCUCAGAGAGGGGUUUGAACGUCUUGAGAAUCUCGAAGAAUUCGUCAGCACACGGGACGAAUUGUACCUCGAGGUGACUGAAGACGAAAGGCACCCUGCCGUCUGGCGGUGCUGGAAGAAGCUCAAACGGCUCGCUCUGUACAACGUCGACCUGACGUUAUACUUCUUCAGCGACCUCGCCAGCCUUGCUCAACUAGAAACCCUCGUCCUCUCGCGCUCGGACGGAGACAACGGAUCCAUUGAUGACUGGGCGCAUUACUUUGUGCUCACUGACCGGCCUUUCAAGCUCCUCAUGCUCGGCUCCGAGCGGCGUCGUUUCAUUCCAGAUAACCUGCUCUCAGGACGCAUCAAAAGCCGCGUCGAGACUGAACAUUUGCCCAUGAUCAGGAGUAUCUGGUUGAACCAUACCAUCGACUUCUCCAUCGAGGAAUGCCAGGCUUUUGUGCGCGAGCACGCCGAGCGUGGGACGCUGUGGACCUUGGACGAGGGCACUAUCCCUUGCAAUGCUAGGCCGUAUGUGGACGAGCCGUACUUGGCGAAGCUUGGGAUGCAUUGGUUGAUGCUCGAUGAGCGUCGUAGAGCUUGGUCAGUCGACUAG